GUCUCCUCCAUCACAAGAACUCUCUCUCUCUCUCUCUCUCUCUCUCUCUCUGAGCUCUGAAACCAUAGCCAUGGUGUUUCCAAUGGUUCUGGUGAAGAUUGCUGAGUGGGUUCUGUACCAUCUUCUGGGCAAUUCUUGUUACAAAGCCGCAAGAAAGCUGAGGAAUCUUCUCACUUUCUCAAAGUCUUCACCUUUUCACCAAACCCACCAGCAAAAUCACUUCCAAAACCCUCCGAAUCUCUUCCCGAGCAUCACGAAAUUCGAAACUCGAAACGGGGUAUCUGACAAAACCUUGAUCUGCGACAUCGAUGGUGUCCUUUUAAGACCAUCCUCGAGCAGAUACUUCCACUCUUUCUUCCCUUACUUCAUGCUCGUUGCGUUCGAAGGCGGCAGCAUAAUCAGGGCGUUUCUCUUGUUGCUUUCUUGUUCUUUUCUCUGGUUUUUGGACGAUGACCUGAAACUCAGGGUUCUGUCGUUCAUAACCUUUGUCGGGCUCAGAGUCAAGGACAUGGACAACGUCGCAAGAUCUGUCUUGCCCAAGUUUUUCCUCGAGAACCUGAAUCUCGCUGUUUAUGACAUCUGGGUCGAAACCGGGUCCAGAGUUGUGUUCACAAGUUUGCCCGGAGUCUUGGUCGAAGGUUUUCUCAAAGAAUAUCUGAACGCAGAGGACGUGAUAGGGACCAAAAUGCAAGAAACGGAAAUCAUGGGGAGGAAAUUCUACACAGGGUUAGCUUCAGGGUCUGGUUUCGUUGUGAAGCAGAAAGCAGCCAUGGAGUUCUUCUCCGCCGACAAGAAGAAGCCAGAACUUGGGAUUGGAAACUCUUCAAGCCUUCAGGAUCAGCUCUUCAUCUCCAUUUGCAAGGAAGCUUAUCUGUGGAGUGAAGAAGAAGAUCAGGCCAAGAACAGUUCAGUACCGAGAGAAAGAUACCCAAAGCCUUUGAUCUUCCACGAUGGAAGACUUGCUUUCCUGCCGACACCGUUAUCAACGCUCUCCAUGUUCAUGUGGCUCCCCAUCGGCAUCUUCCUCGCCAUCUUCAGGCUCUUGACCGGCAUCGUUCUUCCUUACAGGGUAGGCCUUGCGAUGGCUGGUCUCUCGGGCGUCAAGACAACAUUCAAGACUCGGAACAGCGGUUCCGACCGGAACAAGCAGAACGGUGUCUUGUAUGUUUGCAACCACAGAACGCUGCUAGACCCGGUUUUCCUCAGCGUGUCGCUUGCCAAGCCAUUGACGGCUGUUACUUACAGCCUAAGCAAGUUCUCCGAGGUCAUAGCCCCCAUCAAGACAGUGAGGCUGAGGAGAGACAGGGAGAAAGACCGGGAAAUGAUGCUGAAACUGUUGAGCCGGGGAGAUUUAGUGGUUUGUCCGGAGGGGACAACCUGCAGAGAGCCUUAUCUACUGAGAUUCAGCCCACUGUUUGCUGAGCUGACAGAGGAUAUUGUCCCUGUGGCCGUGAACACAGAAGUGAGCAUGUUCUACGGGACAACUGCAAGUGGGCUGAAAUGGUUGGAUCCGAUCUUCUUCCUCAUGAACCCUAAGCCCCAUUACUGCCUACAAGUUCUUGGGAAAUUGCCAAAGGAGAUGACUUGUGGGGGUGGAGGAAGAUCAAGCUUUGAAGUUGCAAACUUUAUACAGAGAGAGCUAGCACAAGUCUUGGGAUUUGAGUGCACCAAUCUCACCAGGAAGGACAAGUACUUGGCGCUUGCCGGAAAUGAAGGCAUUGUCAAAUAAAACUGCAUUCUUCUCUUCUAGUACAUCAUCAUCAUCUUCAUCGUCAUCAUCAUUCAUUAGGGUUUUUACUUUCUAGCCAUUCUUCUUCUUUUUUUCUUCAAAAGUUCAUGACAUUUAUCUCUAUGUUUGUUUGAUUCAUUCCUAUAUUUUUUUCCACUGAGACAUCCUCAAAAGCUCUUGUUAUGUUAUUAGUACAUCAUCAGUUUGACUCUAAGCCCCUUAGAACAUAUUUUUCCGCAACUCCCGGGGUUAGUCAGUUAUGAUGUACACAAGUUUUUUUUGUAUAUAGUUUGUAUAUAUAUGCGUAUAUAUAUACGUAUAGAUUUUCUUGUUCAUGUUAAAAUACAAGCCCAAUA